AUGGAUCCUAGUUUAGCGUUAGAGCAGACACUCCAGGAUAUCUCAAAUUUAGAAGCAGAGUUUCAUCAUGCUUAUGAAGAAAUAGGUGCAAACGAUGGUGAUAUUCAGGAACAUCAAAAGAAGUAUAUGCAAAAGGACUCGCAAAUACAGAAGUUUAUAAAGCAAAAUGGCGCAAUAGCAGAACACCCUAACGAGAGCGAGCUAAAUAGGGAUAUGCAGAGUGAACUGAAAGAGAUGUUGUCAUUACAGAAAGAAAAAUGCAAGCUAGCCAAUACAGCAUUGUUUAUGGUGGCAAAACACCUCUCAAAACUGGAGAGAAAUCUUACAAUACUGGAGGAAGAUGGUGUCUUAGCUCCAAUGGAAGAAGAUGAAGAUCAAGAUAUCAGAACAGAGUUAUCAAGAGAGAGCUCAGUAUUGAGUACAACAUCUGAGAGAAAAAGAAGGGCAUCCCCAUCAGUUUCAUCAUCUGUACCACCGCUGUUAAAGAAAAAAAGGCAACUCAAGGCUCCGUCUCUUUUAAAACAAAGCACCUCAGCUAGACAAGAUCAAAAGUCUGCGUUAUCCAGUCCUGAUAAAAGCAAUGCUGAAGUUGACAGUUUUAGUGGAGAUUUAUUUUCUGGAGGUAAUGAAAAUGAGGAAGAAGAAGAAGAAGAUAAAAAACUCUACUGUUUCUGCCAAAGUGUAUCAUAUGGCGAAAUGGUUGCAUGUGAUGGUCCGCAUUGCAAAUACGAAUGGUUCCACUAUGCAUGCGUCAAUCUAAAAGAGCCCCCAAAGGGAACUUGGUACUGUCCAGACUGUAAACAGGAAAUGGCCAAGAACAAACUUAAAAGAAAAAAGGUCUAA